AUGGAUAACAAUAAAAUCAAAUGUAAUGAGGGAAGUAGCAGUUGUAAAUUGGUACGCAUCCCUUCUAGAAGUUCGUUUAGCUCUCAAUCUCCUAAUAUUGUUGAUUCUAAUGCGGACCUUCAUUAUGUGAAUGAUUAUGAUGAUGUAUCAUCUACAUGUACAGAGGUCUCUGAUAAAAAUGUGGAGACCGAAGUACCAGAGGACGUGACGAUUAAUCAACAUAAAAGUAGGAAAAGGAAAGCUUGUCCAAAACAACGGAAAAGAAAUUUCAGAAAGUUUCUUACAAAUUCAGGUCAAAAAUACACCAAUGUUAACGGUAAUCUUGUACAGGCUCGCAGUUUAGGUCCAUCUUGCAAUCCAUAUAAAGGUAACACAUCAAUCCGUGGUUACAAUCAUGCAUUUUAUUUAGAAAACCGUGAUCAGAAAAAAAUUAAAGUGUGCAGAAGAUUUUUUAUAUCCACUAUUGGAGUUACUAAAAGAUGUAUUCGGACUGUUAUUAAGAAGACGGAAAGUGGCUUUAUAAGCAACGAUCAAACAGUAAAAGGUGGAAAACCUCUUUGUGGUCAUGAUGAAACGAAAGAAAGCAAUGGAAAAGGAUUGUUUCUGGAAAUUGUACAACUUCUUAAAAAAUAUGACCUUACAUUUAAGGUAUGCUUGGAAUCGGUCUUGAAAAACUGCACUGAUCUUAACAACUACAAUCAAAAUGAUAUUUUACGUUCUGUCAAAAAUGUAAGGGAUGUUCAGAAGGAAGUGAAAGGGAAACCUCUUUGUGUGAUUGCAGACGGUAAAACUUCUGAUGUCACUCACCACGAGCAGAUUGCUAUUAUUUUUAGAUGUAUCCCUAAAGGUAGUACUUUUCUAGGUGUAAGGCUGAUAGCAUUCAAACGUUUAAAUUUAACUGAUACAGAAAGCAUUUCUAAACCAAUAAAUUCUACUUGA